CCGCGCCCGCCGCCUGGCCACGUCGCCGGGUGGCGAUGCCUGGCUUAACGCGCAGCAGUACAAGUCGCAGGCAGCUUCCGGCGACGAGGCAUUGUCGCCACGGCAAUGCGAGUUUUUUGCCAUGCUUGAGAGCGACAUCGAAUACGAGCGGUUCCGUCGGUACGCUGCCGCCUGCUUCUGCUCAGAGCUCACCUGCGUUCCUUGACGAAUACCAGAUUCUAAAGUACUGCACUGUGCAUGCGCUUGAGCAGCGCGCCAGUUUUGUGCGGUCGCGGUCGCCGACCAACGUCAAUGAUAUUUACGACAGACUGGUUGGUGACCGCGAGCGAAACCGCCCGCUGCGCCUCUACACCCACGUCACCGUCGGCAUUCUGGAGACUGUCAGCGCUGUGUUUCCCGGCCUCCAGUUCUCCAAGGACUCGUUCUUCCCAAGCACAAUCGCCUAUGUGUAUGUGUCGCUGGUGUCGACGUAUAUCCACCCAGAGUCACACUUGGCCAUCAACGUGACCCGGCCACAUUGCCGACGAUAUCCUUGACAAGCUCCACAAGCGCGAGAUGACGCUGGGCGCGCUCGACACUGCCAAGGACGAGGUUCUGAGGCUGCUCUACACUGAUGUGUAUCUAAGAUACUGCUCCAAGCAGGACCGCGUCGACAGCUCCAGGUAGCGAAAAAG